GGCGAUAUUACAAAUAUUUUACUGUAACUUCGAAAUGUAAGAAUGUUAUUACGGUUUCGUUAUUUAAGUAUGUGCAGUGAUUUAGUUGAUUUGAAUUCAUGUUAAGCUUAUGUCACACGUCGUAAUGUGAAUUUUUCUACUUCGUAACUGAUUAAUCGCUCUGCGAAAGCAAACAGUGGUUCCUAUAAAUUUUGUAUUUGCUUUUAAUACCUCGCAAUAAUGGAUGAUCAAGCCUGCCCAAGAUGCAAAACUACCAAAUACAGAAAUCCAUCAUUAAAAAUGAUGGUAAACGUUUGUGGACACACAUUGUGUGAAAGCUGCGUUGACUUAUUAUUUCUUAAAGGUUCUGGGUCAUGUCCCGAAUGUAAAAUUCCUUUAAGAAGAGCCAAUUUUCGUGUACAAUUGUUUGAGGAUCCUAUGGUAGAAAAGGAAGUAAACAUAAGGAAAAGAAUACUUAGAGACUUCAAUAAAAAAGAAGAGGACUUUUUAACAUUAAGAGAAUACAAUGAUUAUUUAGAAGAAAUUGAAACACUAAUAUACAACUUGGCUAACAAUAUUGAUGUAAUAGAAACAAAUAAAAAAAUAGAACAGUACAAAAAGGACAACAAAGAUCAAAUAACAAAAAGUAAAUCUAAGCUCGGUAGAUGCGAAUAUGAACUGGAGGAAAUGAUUGAGUUGGAGAAACAAAAAGAGGAAGAAAGAAGAAUGGAAAUAGCUAAAGAAGAAAUGGAAGCUAAAAGAAAAAAAAUUAGAGAAAAAGAAGCGUUAAUAGAUGAGCUUACAUUUUCAGAAGGAAAUGCAAAAAAUAUUGUAGAAACAUUUGCCUCUGCUAUUCAAGCAUCUAAAAAAGAAACAAAAGCAGCACCUGCUAAAGCUACACAGUUUAGUACAGGUAUUAAAUUUGGCAAUCAGGGAAGUCAGAAUUAUUUGCCCAUACCAAAGAUUGAAGAAGGUCCUCUAUACUCUUACACUCCUAUUAGACAAACAACUGAUGGUCCAACACCACCUGGUUGGAGAGAAUUACAAGCUCGUGGAUAUGUUUCUCAUGUGCGUGUUGAAUCUUCAGCAGAAAGGGCAGGUGGAUUUAAGGCACAUGUUGCAUGUUUAAGAGCUUUACAAGAAUCUAUGGCUGGUUUAUAUUAUAACCCUUCACAACGCCAAACAGAAUUUACAACUGUGUGAUCAUUAGACUGUUUUAAUGCCAAGAAAAUCAUAUCUGUAGUUUUGUACAUACGAUAAUAUCUAAUAAUUGAUUCGUUUAAUUAUCAUGUACGAAUCAAAAUCUCUGAUCAACUAUCACUGAAGCAAUACAAGUCAAGUUAAUUACACAUAUGUGAUAUAAUCAGAAGUUACAGGUACACGUGCCUUGUAUAUUUAUGUAAUUUUUAGUACUGCAUAUUGUAUAUCAUGGUUAUGACAUGAAAAUUAUACGACUGUAGUACCUGU